AUGGUGCCCAAAGUGCACACUGUUGGUUGCAGCAGAAAUAAUCCUGUGCAUAUUCCACAUGAGUGGUAUGAACAAGGGGACCUUAUCAUUGGUGGCAUAGCAUCUCAUAUCUUUUACAUGUACCCCAAGCUUUCCUUCAAUAUACACCCUUCUCAUGUCUUUAUUGAUCUCCCAGUGGUGAUGACAAAGUUGUACCAACACAUCCUGGCCUUGGUGUUUGCCAUUGAGGAGAUCAACCAGAAUCCCAGGAUGUUGCCCAAUGUCACUCUUGGGUUUCACAUCUAUGAUAGCUAUUAUGAUUCAAAGAUGACCUACCGAACCACUCUGGAUCUGCUCUUUAAAUCGCGUUACUUUCUCCCCAACUACAUAUGUAGCAUCCAGAAAAGUGUAGUAGGCGUCAUUGGGGGAUUUGGCUCUGAGACUUCUUUGUGCAUGGCAGACAUCUUAGGUCUUUACAAGAUUCCACAGAUUUCAUAUGGUUCAUUUGAAUCAGUCACGAAUGAACAAAUCAAAUUCCCUUCCUUUUACCGCAUGGUCCCCAAUGAAGGACUUCAGUAUCAAGGAAUUAUCCAGUUACUUUUGUAUUUUGGAUGGAAAUGGGUCGGGCUCCUCACUCCAGAUAAUGAAGCUGGAGAACAUUUCUUGCGGGCAAUUGAACCAAUGCUUUACAAGAAUCGGAUCUGUUCAGCAUUCACAGAAAAGAUUUGGUACCAUCUGCAUGUCACUGGUAACAUGUUUGAUACGGUAGAUGAUGUGGUACGUGGAUCAAAGCUCUUCACACGAGCUUUCAUAAUGAGCAAAGCCAAUGCUGUUGUUAUAUAUGGAGAAAGUCAAUCUAUUGCAUGGCUGUUAAAUGCUGCAAAGACAAUGAUGGUCCAAUCAUUCCUGCAGAGAAUCUCGUUCAACAACAGUGCUGGUGAUGAAAUCACAUUAAAUGAAUAUGGAGAGUUAGCAGCUGGCUUUGAUAUUACAAACUUGGUCACUUUCCGAAAUGGAUCAUAUGUCAGGGUCAAAGUGGGGAGGCUGGAUCCUCAGGCCCCUCCUGGCAAAGAGCUCACCAUUAAUGCAGACAGAAUCAAAUGGCAUAGUGGCUUCACUCAGGAACCUCCACUUUCAAUAUGUAAUGCCAAUUGCCGUCCUGGUUAUGGGAAGAAAAAGAAGGAGGGGGAGAAGUUUUGCUGUUAUGAUUGUGAUCCAUGUCCACAUGAGACGUUCUCAAAUGACAAGGGUGAGAGAUGCUGUGUUAGCAUAUACUAUAGAAUUCAUAUUGAAAUAUGUGCCAGAUGCCCUGCGGGUCAGUAUCCAAAUGAAGGCCAGGAUCAAUGCAUUCCAAAGACAGCGAACUUCCUGGGCUUUGAUGAAACAUUGGCCAUCGUUUCAACUUUCUGUGCACUUUUAUUCUCUCUGAUCACAAUUCUUGUGCUUGGCAUCUUCAUUAAGCACAGGGACACUGCCAUAGUCAAAGCCAACAACAGAACCCUAACCUAUAUUCUUCUACUCUGCCUCCUCUUGUGUUUCCUCUGCACUUUGAUGUUCAUUGGAAAACCAAGGUGGGUGACCUGUCUUCUCCGACAAACAAGUUUUGGCAUCAUUUUCUCUGUGGCCCUCUCCAGCAUCUUGGCCAAAACCGUAUCGGUGGUUUUGGCAUUCAUGGCUACCAAGCCAGGGUCCAGGAUCAGGAGAUGGGUAGGCAAAAAGCUGGCUUACACCAUUGUCCUCUCUGGCUCCAUUGUUCAAGUAGGAAUCUGUGUCUUAUGGCUGGCAACCUCUCCCCCAUUCCCAGAUGUGGACAUGCACUCAAUGAAUGAAGAAAUUAUAAUAUUAUGUAACGAAGGGUCAGUUCCCAUGUUCUAUUGUGUUUUGGGCUAUAUGGGCUUCCUUGCCAUUGUCAGCUUCACGGUGGCCUUCCUAGCCAGGAAGUUGCCUGACACUUUCAAUGAAGCCAAGUUCAUCACCUUCAGCAUGCUGGUUUUCUGCAGUGUUUGGCUCUCCUUUAUUCCAACGUACCUGAGCACCAGAGGAAAAUACAUGGUGGCUGUGGAGAUCUUCUCCAUCUUGGCUUCCAGUGCUGGGCUGCUGGCUUGCCUCUUUUUCCCUAAAUGCUACAUUAUUGUGAUGAGGCCUGAGCUGAAUAACAGAGAACAGCUGAUACGGAGCAAAGCAUAA